CUGGUGGAGAUGAGAGGGGAGAAGUCAAUAGAAGUGGUGGAGAUUGAAGAUGACGAGGAGCAAAAGAAUGAGACAAGUGAAGGAAUAAGUUGCAGAAAAAAGUUUCAGCUUGAGCUGAACCUUAACGAGGAAGUGAUGGAAGAGAGAGAACAAGAAGAUGAUGAAGAUAAUGGAAGCACCACAGAAGUUAGAGAGGAAGGAGGAGGAGAGAGUUGUAGCAACAAUAAUAGUGAAGAAGAUGGAAAUAACAAUGAUGGUGACUCAAGUAAGAGCAUGGAGGAGGAUGGAGAAGAGAACAGAGACCGGCGAUCGGCCGCCGUUAGGCAAUACGUGAGGUCUAAACUGCCAAGGCUACGGUGGACGCCGGAGCUCCAUCUCUCCUUUGUUCAUGCCGUUGAGAGGCUGGGCGGCCAUGAGAGAGCGACCCCGAAGUUAGUUCUUCAGAUGAUGAAUGUGAGGGGUUUAAGUAUUGCCCAUGUAAAGAGUCACUUGCAGAUGUACAGAGGCAAGAAGCUUGAUAGUUCAGGGCAAGACAGGAGCAUCUUCUCUUCGGGAUUAUCAACAUUUGAUGCCCAUUUAAGAAGAGAGAUGUUCUACCAACGAGCAGCUGGUUCUUGCCAACCAUUAAGAAUGGAAAAUGGUGGCCUCCUUCCAUCCAGAUAUAUUCAUGAAGCUGAAAGAUUUUACAGUCUCUUGCGGCAGUCUCAGGCUCAGAGAAGUUUUGAAUUCAAUGAAAGCAACUUCAGACACCAGCAGCAAAUGAUAGUAAGAUCAAGCUCAAUCAAAGAUCUGAACUGUAAGAAAGACGAAAGGUAUUUGCCACUGCAAAGGAGCAGAAGCUUUGAGUGGAUAGGUGGCUGCACUCACCAGCAGCUUUCACAAACUCUUCAAAUCAAUUCAUCUUCUAAUAGUAGUCCUAAUUUUAGUAUGAAUGGCACCAGCAGCUACUUCAGCAAGAUCAAUCAAUAUUCCGGGCAUGACCCUUUGACUAAAGAUGAACUUGAUCAGCCUCAUUUAACACGAUCUUUUCCAUUCCAGGAUCAGAAAUCUAGCAAAAAUUCAACUAAGAUUGACAAAAGCAUUGAAAAUAUAGAGGAAAUAUCUACAGAUGCCAAGAAGAUGAGAUUCACAAGAGAAAACAAUGGAAUUCCAGAGUUGCAGCUGAGCUUGAUGCCAAGCUCAAUAGAUCACAAAGAGACAAAUACCAUGAACAUUGAGUCAAGAGAUGAGAGUGAGCUCUCACUUUCUCUAUCUCCUCCAACUCGCAGAGCAAUCAACAAAUCCUUUAAAAUGCAAGGAAAUAUUAUGAGCUCUGAAAAAGAUUUCUUAAAAAUUGGCAGCAGUAAGAUGUCCUCUUUAUUUUUGAGUGCUUCAGAUAUCGCCAUGUCCUACUAAAAUUUUAAUCUGUUGACAUACAUUUUUGAAGAAAUGA